AUGAAGCUCCUCACCAAGGAAGAAGAAGACGCUCACUACAGAGCAGUCCUAAAAGGCGGCACAAUCGGCACCGUCCUCGGUCUAAUAGGCGGCUACGCCGGCGUCCUCGCCGCAUCCCGCCGCUACCACACAAUCCGCAACCUAACGCUCCCCAUGAAAGCCUUCCUCGUCACCUCCUCGGGUACCUUCGUCGGCAUCAUCGCAGCCGACAACUCAUCCCGGAACUUCGAAGUUGAGCGCAACGCCGACCAGCAAUGGUACCAGAACCGGGAGCAGCGGCUGCGCGAGGAGUCGCUGCAGGGGAUGAGUUUCAUGGAGCGGUCGCUGGCGUGGGCGAGGAAGGAGAAGUAUACGAUUGUUACCGCGACGUGGGUGGCGUCUAUGAUUGGGAGUUUUGUGCUGGUGGGACGCAAUCCGUACCUCAGUGGACAGCAGAAGAUUGUCCAGGCGCGUGUUUAUGCGCAGGGUUUGACGCUUGCGGUUCUGGUUGCUUCUGCGGCGUUUGAGAUCAGUGAUCAGAGGAAGGGGAAGGGGAUUUUGAAGAAGAAGUUGGAGGAGAAGGAGGCUGCUGAUGGGAAGUCUGGUGUUGUUGUUGAGGAGGAGCCUGUUAGGCAUCAGCAGAAUGAGGGGCAGGGUGAUCUCUGGAAGGAUAUGGUUGCUGCUGAGGAGGAGCGGUUGAAGAAGAAGCAUCAGAGUGUUUGGGAACAUCCUGAGUUGCAUAAGGAGGGUCAGCAGCAACAGCAGCAGCAGGCUAAGGAGGUUAAGGAGGAGAAGACGCAGCAGUGA